AUGGAUGUGAAAUAAGAAGAUGAUAUGAGACUUUAUCCUUGUAGUAAUUGUGGAGAUUACUACCCAUAUUGUUUCAUAUCUGAACAUCUAGAAAAUUGUCUUUAAGAAAAUUUAUAAGUUGAUUGUAGAUAUUGUGGAGAAUCUAUUUUAGAAAAAUUUAUCAACGAUCAUUAAAUAAAUUGUCAAGCAUUUUCAUUGUAGGAGGCUGAAGAUGAUUUAUGUGAAUUUUGCUAAGAAAAAAUAUUUAAGAAAUUCAAAUAAGAUCAUUAUUAAGAUUGCCCAUUAAAAUAAGUAGCUGAUGCUUACUAAUCUUACAAAGCUCAAGAAUGCCCAAUUUGCUUAUUAGAUAUUGGACUUGCGGAUUAAAAAGGAGUUUUAUAAUGUUGUCAUAUAUUCCAUUAAGCUUGUCUUUAAGAAUGGCAAAAAAAAAGUCAUGAAUGCCCUGUGUGCAGAUAUAAUUGA